AUGCGUAUGCUGUUCUGCUUAACGGCCUCUGUGGCCUCUGCGGCGGCGCUCACCCUGGAUCAACUCUGCACGACAUCCUACGCGCAGUCCGCAUUGCCUGCCGAAGGCUUCUAUCAAGGAAUUACGAUCGAUGCGUCGUCCGUAGUCACGACGCUGACUACGAACUACUCCAUCAGCAGCAACACCUUCUUCCCGGACGCGACCAUCAGCUACUGCAACAUUUCCUUCGCAUAUACGCAUAACGGCCGCGACGAUCUCGUGCAUGUCGCUUACUGGGUUCCGGAUCCGUCUCAGUUCCAAAACCGAUUCCUCGCUACGGGCGGUGGUGGGUUGGCCAUCAACUCCGGCAGCUCGACCGUCUCUGGAGGUGUCAGCAUAGGCGCAGUUAGCGGACUGACGGAUGGCGGUUUCGGGAACUUCAAUACGCAGGAGGAUGCGCACUUCCUGCUCGCCAAUGGCACCAUCAACUGGGAGAACGUGUAUAUGUUCGGCUACCAGGCCAUCCACGAGAUGACAGUACUCGGGAAGCAGUUGACGAAGAACCUAUUCAGCAUGCAGAACGGGACGAAGCUCUACGCGUACUACCAAGGAUGCUCUGAAGGAGGUCGCGAGGGAUGGAGUCAAAUGCAGCGUUUCGACGAGCUGGACGGAGCGUCUGUCGGCGCGCCGGCUUUCCGCUUUGCACACCAGCAGAUCCAGCAUCUGUAUUCGAACGUCGUGGAGCAUACCCUUGGCUAUUACCCGCCGCCGUGCGAACUCCAGGCCAUCGUCAACGCUACCAUCAAGUUCUGCGACCCUCUGGACGGCAAGACUGAUGGUGUAGUCGCACGUUCCGAUCUCUGCAAACUCCAGUUCAACAUCAACAGCACUAUUGGCACGCCAUACAACUGCGCAGCCUCCUCAGGUGGUGGUGGUUUCGGUCCAGGCGCAGGAGCCCCAACUCCAGCACAAAAUGGCACCGUCUCAGCGCAAGCAGUAGCAGUCGCGCAAACUAUCAUCGGCGGACUGCAUGACCUCCAAGGCCGACAAGGAUACUUUUCCUACCAGCCGGCUGCAUCCUUCGUCGACGCGCAGACAAAAUACAACAACGCGACAGGGAAAUGGGAGGUCAGCAUCAGCGGUCUGGGCGGGGAGUUCGUAACGCGCUAUCUCGAGCUGCGCAACACAUCGACACUCACCAGUCUCGAGGGAGUGACGUACGACACGCUCGUAGAAUGGAUCUACGACCUCUGGCAGAGGUACGAAGACAGCUUCCAGACCACCUGGCCGGACCUGAAGCGCUUCCAGAGUGCCGGCGGCAAAGUGAUCCACUACCACGGCGAGUCUGACGAUUCGAUCCCCGCGGCGAGCAGCGUGCGGUACUGGGAGAGCGUCCGCUCGAUCAUGUACCCGGGGCUCGGCUACAACGAGUCAGCCUCCCAGCUCCAAGACUUCUACCGCCUCUACCUCGUCCCCGGCGCGGGCCAUUGCGGCGCGAACUCCGGGCAGCCGAACGGCGGAUGGCCGCGGACGAGUAUGACGCAGCUGAUUGACUGGGUGGAGAAUGGCGUGGCGCCCGAGAUGCUGAACGCGACGGUGUCGUUGGGCGCGAAUAAGGGCCAGAACCAGAAGAUUUGUAUGUGGCCGCUGAGGCCGUUGUAUGGCGGGAAUGGGACGGAGCUGCAGUGCGUGUAUGAUCAGGAGAGUGUGGAUACUUGGCAGUAUGACUUGGAUGCUUUUAAGAUGCCUGUUUAUUAG